ACAUGAAACCUAACGUAAACAUUCAACAAUGUUGCUCCUAACCGGCAGAUCGCAGCUGCUGCGCCAAUUUAUUGAAAUAUCUAAGAACGUAAUUGCACAAAGGGGCCAACAAAUAAACUACUGCAAAGCAGCUACUGCGCUGCGUCCAAGAAAACCAAAAUCUACACGCAAAGAGGCGCAAUACUUUUCGGAUGCCAAGCGGGUGCGUGCAGUGGGCGGAAAGGGUGGCGAUGGAUGCGUCUCCUUUCUGCAGCUGUGGUGCAAUGAGCGAGCAGGACCGGACGGCGGAGAUGGUGGCAACGGGGGCCAUGUGGUCUUCCAGGCGUCCAACGAUGUGCGCAAUUUCAAUCACGUCGGCAGCGUGCUUCGUGCCGAGGAGGGUGAACGUGGAGACUCCAAGGAGUGCCAUGGCAAGAAUGCCAAGCAUUCUGUGAUCAAAGUACCAAUUGGCACGGUCAUCCGCAAUUCCCAGGGUCAGAUUGUUGGAGAUCUGGGGCACGCGGACUUGAUGUUUGUGGCUGCGCGCGGUGGGGCCGGCGGCAAAGGAAACCGAUUCUUUACCACAGACAAGGAGACCAGUCCCAAGGUCUGCGAAUAUGGACCAACCGGCGAGGAUCUCUCCUACACUAUAGAGCUGCGCAGCAUGGCCGACGUCGGCUUGAUUGGCUAUCCAAAUGCCGGUAAGAGCACCUUGCUGAAUGCCCUAACCCGUGCCAAGCCCAAGAUUGCUCCGUAUGCCUUUACCACGCUAAGGCCGCAUCUGGGAACCGUUCAGUAUGACGAUCUGGUGCAGCUCACCAUUGCCGAUCUGCCUGGACUCGUGCCCGAUGCACAUCUCAACAAGGGCCUGGGCAUACAGUUCCUUAAGCACGCCGAGCGUUGCACGCUGCUGCUCUUUGUGCUGGACGCCAGUGCGCCUGAGCCGUGGACCCACUAUGAACAGCUUAUGCAUGAGCUGCGGCAGUUUGGCGGCAGCCUGGCCAGUCGGCCGCAGCUGGUGGUGGCCAAUAAAAUGGACGCGGAUGACAGUGCGGACAACUUUAAGGAACUGCAGCGUAGGCUACAGAAUCCAGUGCUCGGCAUAAGUGCAAAAAUGGGACAAAAUCUCGGCCAACUGCUAAGCAGCAUUCGCUCGGGCUUUGACCGCCACAAUACGCAGGAAAUCGACACUAGCUAGAGAGGAUGAUUUGUUGUAAGAUUACAGAUUUUAUUUGUAUUGCUAAAGUAAAUUGUAUUUUUAUACUAUAA